GCAGCACGUGCCACAGCCCCUGCCAUUGCGGGUGAUUCGAGGGCUCAGCACGAGGAGAGAGGGGUGGACGGGAGGGGCCGGAGAAUGCGCCUGUGAUUGGAAGGCCGGGCGUACCGGGACGCUUGUGAUUGGGCGAGGCCAAGACGGAGGGCCGCGUUUUGAACCGCGUAGGGUUCUGGGUAGUAAGUGCUUUGGAAGGGUCUUAACCGAAAGGGGAAAGGGGAAGGUCGCCAACAAACGGCUGAGCUCACAAUCCGGGUUGGGACCAGGCCCUGGCGUCGUCCCCCCCUCCCCCCAUGGAGAGAGCCAGGCCAGAGCCGCCGCUUCAGUUGCGCCAACUGCCGCGGGCGACCCCGCCGCGCCCGCUCCGUCCUGCUCCGCCUCAGCUGCCUGUGGAGGGCACCUCUUUUAGGGCUGCAGGCGCGGAUCUCCCUGCGUCGCCGCCCACCCCAUGCGCGGCCGCCAUUACGACCGUGGCCUCGUCGUGUGGGGAACCCCAGGCGUCGAGUGUACAGCCCGCGGCACGGCGACUGCUGCAGGUCAAGUCGGAACAGGUGUUGCUGCUGCCACCAGGGCCACCACUGCCUCAGGCCCUGGAAGAAGGCGUCGUUGCUUCACCCUCGCCAGCGAGGCUGCUGCAGCUGAGGCCCGAGCUACUGCUGCUGCCACCGCCGCCGCCCGCGUCCGACGGCGCCCUCUGCAGACCCGAGCUGCACCCGGUGCAGCCCCGGGCGCUGCACGUCAAGGCCGAGAAGCAGGAGCCAGGGCCGGGCUUGGAUCCAUCGGCGGCGGGGACUCGAAGGCCUGUGGAGGCCGGCCAUAGGGCCUCCAGGGAGGCCAAGGUGGAAGGCCCCAGGCCAAUCCUCGACUGCCGCCGAGGGGGCGAGAAGAAGGGCAGAUUGGAAGCGGAGGAGGUCAUGAGGGAUGCAGCGAAAGGCGGGGAGGGUAAAAACCUGGUGGCCAUCAGAAAAGGCAUCAUCAAAACGGAGGAACCCGAGAGACUCCACGAGGACUGCAGGCUGGGCACUGAGCCCGCAUCCAAUGGCCUGAUCCAUGGCAGCAAGGAGGUCAUCCUGGGCCAGCCAUCCAGUGCCUUUGGGCCACAUCAGCAAGACCUCAGGAUCCCUUUGACUCUACACACAGUCCCCCCUGGGGCCCGGAUCCAGUUUCAGGGACCUCCACCUUCAGAGUUGAUACGGUUGACCAAGGUCCCCUUGACACCGGUGCCUAUUAAAAUGCAAUCUUUACUGGAGCCUUCUGUAAAAAUUGAAACUAAAGAUGUCCCGCUCACCGUGCUUCCCUCAGAUGCAGGAAUACCAGAUACUCCCUUCAGUAAGGACAGAAAUGGUCAUGUGAAGCGACCCAUGAAUGCAUUUAUGGUUUGGGCAAGGAUUCACCGGCCAGCACUAGCCAAAGCUAACCCAGCAGCCAACAACGCAGAAAUCAGUGUCCAGCUUGGGUUAGAAUGGAACAAACUUAGCGAAGAACAAAAGAAACCCUAUUAUGAUGAAGCACAAAAGAUUAAAGAAAAACACAGAGAGGAAUUUCCUGGUUGGGUUUAUCAACCUCGUCCAGGGAAGCGAAAACGCUUCCCUUUAAGUGUUUCCAAUGUAUUUUCUGGUACCACACAGAAUAUCAUGUCUACAAAUCCUACAACAAUAUAUCCUUAUCGCUCACCUACCUACUCUGUGGUAAUUCCCAGCCUACAGAAUACCAUCACUCAACCAGUUGGUGACGCCACACCUGCCAUCCAGCUGCCCACACCUGCAGUCCAGCACCCAAGCCCCAUCUCACUUUUCCAGCCAACCGUCUCCAGUACUGCCCAGGUGGCUGUCCAGGCUCCAAGUCUGCCCCUCCGACCGGCACUCCCACCCCAGCGCUUCGCUGGGCCCUCCCAGACAGACACUCAUCGGUUACAUUCUGGAGCCAAUCUCUCUGUGAAGAGACCCACUCCUGUCUCUCUGGAGAACACCAACAGGAUUCCAACAAGUGCAAGUACUGCCCAUGCCAGAUUUGCAACCUCAACCAUCCAGCCUCCCAAGGAGUAUCCCAGCGUUUCCACUUGUCCCAGAAGUGCUCCAAUCCCUCAGGCUCCUCCUAUUCCACACUCACAUGUCUACCAGGCUUCUCCCCUUGGCCAUCCAGCCACAUUGUUUGGGACACCACCGCGAUUCUCUUUUCAUCACCCUUACUUCCUACCUGGACCUCACUACUUCCCAUCAAGCACGUGCCCUUAUAGUCGGCCUCCCUUUGGCUAUGGAAAUUUUCCAAGUUCAAUGCCAGAAUGCCUUGGUUAUUAUGAAGACAGGUACCAAAAACAUGAGGCUAUGUUUUCAGCUUUAAAUAGAGACUAUCCUUUUAGAGACUACCCAGAUGAACGUACACACAGCGAAGAUUCUCGGAGUUGUGAGAGCGUGGAUGGGACCUCUUACUAUAACAGUCAUAGCCACAGUGGGGAAGAAUACUUAAAUCCUAUGCCUCAGCUGGACAUUGGAGCCUUGGAGAACGUCUUCACAGCCCCAACGUCAACUCCCUCUAGCAUCCAGCAAGUCAAUGUCACUGACAGUGAUGAGGAGGAUGAAGAAAAAGUGCUCAGGAAUUUAUAAUUUUAAAACAAAUAUGCACAGAAAAUAAACAUUUCUUAAAAUAUACUCUGGGUCAGUUGGUGUGAGAAAAAAAGCCUAGAAAGCUUUCCUGAGAGUUUUCAGCCAUGAUAUGAGGGGUCAAAAUCAAACGUGAUGUAUGCCUUCAUAAAGAUUUGAUUAGUGAAACUGGAGUCCUGAUGUUUCAUCGUAGGAAUAUUUAAGAUAUAAAGUAGUUUAUUUUUGUGGCUGAAAUUUGCAUCAAUAUAUAUUAUCAUUACUUUAUCUUGGAAUGUGAAAAAUACUGAAUCCUCACAAUUAUAUUUGAAGGGAUAGGGAGUGUAUAGCUGGCAUAAGUGUGAUUUGUAUUUUAUCUCAACAUCCAUUUAUUUAUUUUUCUUAUAUGAUUUUUUGUUUGGUGUUUAUGUAACAUUUAUGGAUAUUGUCAGUUUUUAUGUAACAUUUUGAAAGUAUUUUGAUAACUUUUAGUAGUGAAUUUGGACUCAAUUGCUAAAUUUAAUUUAUGUGAAUAACCAAUUAUAAGUUGCAAAUAUGUUUUCAUGGCACUGGGUUAAGUCCUUCAGCUAAAUUAGUCAUUUCUGUUCCUAAACAUUUUCAUCAUCUUUUUUGGAUUUAUUUUUCUAUUUGGUAUGCAUUGUUCUACUUUUGUUAUAAUUAAAUAAACAUAGAUAAAAUUGUU